CCGACGUGGGAUGCGCGUGCACCCAUGCGCCUGGUCUUGCGUCGACGACCUCAUUCGGCAUUUGGCGGCCUCGCGCACACACCUCCCACCACUACCUCCAACAUGCAGCACCAAUGUGUCUUCAACGACUGCACCGCGAUGGCGCUUCCGGACGCCAACAAGUGCGACUUUCACAAGAACCGCAAAAUGUGCGUCGUCGCGCACUGCAGCAACCAAGUGUACGCACGCGGUCGCUGCGUCCGGCACGGCGGCAAGAAGAAGUGCCAAGUCCCGACCUGCGAGUCGUAUGCGCGCGGCGGCGACUUUUGCUCCGAGCACGGCGGCGCAUCACCCAAGCGCUACUGCUCGGUCGCGGGCUGCCAAAAGCAAGCGCACGCCCGUAAAAAGUGCGUGCGCCACGGCGGCGGCCGCCUCUGCAAGCUGCCCGGCUGCCACCAGCACGCUCGCCUCGCGGGCUUUUGCCACCGCCACAACGAGUCCAUGAUGCCGGCGUCGUCUUCUUCCACCGACAACGACGACGAGAUGCUUGAAGCGCCGCUCUCAGUGGCCGAAAUGGACGAGAUCCUCGCGUCCGACCCGACGAUGCUGUCGUUCUUGAACGAGUGGAUGGCUGGGUCGUCGAUCGAGCUCGCCCAUCGUGUCAAGAUGGAGAUCGAGCCGACGCAGAUCAAGCUCGAGCCGGAAGCACCCACGAGCCCAAUGGAAGUCGAAAUGUUCGACUGGCAGCUCGACGCCAACCUGUGGCAGGGCCUCGAGACCAUGUUUUCCUAAGUGCUGUCGCCGCUUCAUAUUAUUUAAUGCCGUUUUCGCUGUCUCCACUAUAAUACCACUUGUACGUUUUUUGUUCA